AUGGGUUCAACAAAUGUGUCACAGAUUGUUGAUAAUAUUUGUGCGAAGUUUGAUGGAUUGAUACCAGGAGCGGUGUGUUUGGUGUUCAAUGUUCCCGGGUACAAGAAGUUUAAGGUGGAUAAUGACAACGAUAUUCAAAACAUGUUAUGCCUUGCUAAGUCGUUUGGAAUAAAUCACAUUGAGGUCCUCAUUCUGGAAAGUAGUGUUGGUGUGGGGGGUAAUUGUGGUGUGGUGGAUUCCACGGAGGAUGGGGUAAUUUCCCGAGAUGCUAGUCAGAAUGGUUGUAUGGAUGACCAAAUGGACUUAUUACCAACAUACUGUCUGAACAGAUCGAAGACGUUUUUGUCGGCGCAAUGGGCGUAUGGGAUUACCCAUGUGGGACAAUGUUUUGACGGUAGAGCAACUGAAUUUUGUGAAGUUCUAUGUAAGUACGCCAUUGAACGUGGAUUUCAAUUCAAAUACAUUAAAAAUGAUUUUGUUCGAAUUACAGUAGUGUGCAAGUUUGCGGCGUCAACAGAUUGUUUGUGGUCAGUUCAUGCAAGGAUGUUACCGUCAACUGGGGUGUUAUGUAUUAAGAGGUUCGAUAGUGUGCAUACUUGCGGGGCUACUGUACGUACUUGUAGGAACCCUCGUAUGGGUUCUAAUUUGGUGUCUGCUGUUGUUGCGGAUCGAGUGCGCGAUCAGCCAUUGAUGCGUCUUACUGAUGUUGUGUUUGACUUGAAAAAUGAGUAUGGUUUGGACAUUAGUUACCAGGUGGCAUGGUUGGGUGUUGAGAAAGUUAGAGGUGAAGUGUACAGGGAUCACGCUACGUCCUUCGAUCAACUCAGGUGGUAUAACGAUGCCGUUAUGCAAAAAAACCCAAACAGUUACAUCAACCUUGAGUUUGACCAAAAAAUCGGGAGGUUCAAAGGCAAUUUGCUUGCGGCUAUUGCUAAAGACACCAAUCAAGGAUUGUUUCCGGUAGCCUUUGCUAUUGUUGAUUCCGAGAAUUCAUCUAAUUGGGAAUGGUUUCUUCGUAAUUUGAAAGAAGUUGUUGGGGGCAAGCGGACAUUAACUUUCGUAUUUGACCGUCACAUCGGAUUAAUACACUCUAUACCAAUAAUUUUCCCUUCGGCGCAUCAUGCAUUUUGUUUGUUGCAUCUCCAAAUGAACUUGCGGGAUCGAAUGAAAUAUGUUAAUGUAUCGCAAAAAAUUGGGUUGAUGCGCAAGUUGCGGGAAUGUGCCUACGCGCCCACUGUUACUUGCUUUAAUGAGAAAUUUGAGGUAUUGAAGAAGUGCAACCCAGCUGUGAUUGAAGAUUUUCCUAAAGACUUGCACCCAAAACAUUGGUCUAAUGCGUAUUUCAGUGGUCGACGGUACGGGGAGAUGUGCUCAAACACCACCGAAUCUUUCAACAAUUGGGUUGGCCAGGCCCGUCAUCUUCCUAUUACUAGAUGGGUUGAUAUGGUAAGGGGUCAAAUCAUGGAGCAGAUGUCGGAGCGCAGAGUUAAAUGCACUAAAUGGGCCGGUGUAAUAUGCCCGAAGAUAGAGAAAAAAUUGGUGUCAGCGUAUAACGACAGCAGGGCAUGGUGUGUAAGCCAGGCUAACGAUGAUGUGUAUGAGGUUCAUUCCCACCCGUCGAUGUUGGUUGACGUCGUCAAGCAGACAUGUUCCUGUUUUCAGUGGUAG